AUGCUGACUCCAGAUGCCCAUUUUGAUGCUCCAGGAGGGGACUUACACUUGGAUAAGAUCACAGAGAGGGACUCUGGAGCCUACCGCUGUACCGUCCAGAACUUUGUGGGUAUGGAAGACUGUGAGCUUAUACUCAAAAUCACAUCUCCAUCAACUGUGAUUGACGGCCAUGGACAUAUAGCAGGAACUACAGCUGAAAUUACAGCAGGAGUGGGUAUGGAACGCUGUGAACUUAUACCCAAUGUCACAUCUCCAUCAACAGUGAUUGACAGACAUGGACCCAUAGCAGGAACUACAGCUGAAAUUACAGCAGGUGUGGGUAUUGAAGACCCUGAAUCUAUACUCAGUAUGACAUCUGCAUCAACAGUGAUUCAUGGACAUGGACCUAUAGCAAGUACUCCAGCUGAAAUUACAGCAGGAGUGGAUAUCAAAGGCCGUGAGCUUAUGCUGAAUAUCACAUCUCCAUCAACAGUGAUUCAUGGACAUGGACCUAUAGCAAGUACUCCAGCUGAAAUUACAGCAGGAGUGGGUAUCAAAGGCCGUGAGCUUAUGCUGAAUAUCACAUCUCCAUCAACAGUGAUUCAUGGACAUGGACCUAUAGCAAGUACUCCAGCUGAAAUUACAGCAGGAGUGGGUAUCAAAGGCCGUGAGCUUAUACCGAAUAUCACAUCUCCAUCAACAGUGAUUGACGGACAUGGACCUAUAGCAGGAACAAAAGCUGAAAUUACUGCAGGAGUUAUUAUUGCUGUGAUUGUGCUCAUCACUGUAACGCGCACCACAGUUAUUUACUAUCGCCGCAGGAAAGGGCAAUAUUCUUUCAUACUGCACUCAUCAUUGCAGCUCAAUUGUGAGGAAGAAGACAUCCCAUAUGAGAUAGUGGAGACUACCGACCCUGUGCUGUCUUCCUCUGCAGAGGACAAUGAGAAGAAUGAAGAAGAAUCUAUUGAGGACGGACUGACUACCUGUGUUGAAGCUAAGGAUUUGAGCUCCUCACAAAUAGAAAAAUCAGAGGACAGUGGAUCCAUGGGAAACAGAGAUGAGGUUGAUGCUGAAGGACAGGAGCCAUGUUCCCUGCACACAGAAAAUGAGAAAAAUGCAUCCAACGAGGAUGUGGCCAAAGCAUUGUGA